AUGAAGAUUGGCCACUCGGCAGCGGAUUGUCGUCAUGUCAAAGGAAGGAAGGUUGUCGGAAAUCAGAAUAAGGUUGAGACAGCUGCGGAUUAUGUUAAAACUAGGGCUCCGGUCAUGAAGAAUUACUGGAAGCAAAAAGAAAACCCUUCUUCGAAUCCUGCUAUGAAGGAAAAAGAAAACUCCGUUAUGAUGGAAAAGAACAAGGGAGCUUCAACGUCAGGUUUGACAAACAAAGAGAAAGAAUUGAUUCUGAUCGAUAUUGAACCUUCAAGCCCUCAAUCAAGACAAACUUCUUCCACAAAGAGACGCUUUUCGAAGGAUCAACUUCAGUCUGUAAUACAGAAUAACCGUCAGCAGGAGAUAUCUUUGGACCCUAUAGUUGAUGAUGAUCAAGACAGAACUCAGAGUCAAGACAUGGAAGAUAUGCAAUUGGUCAUCUAUCAAGAAUCAACAAAGUCACCGGCUGAUUUCUCUUCACCUUCACGAUUUCAAAUUUCGUCAGAAGCUCAAGACGAUGAUGGUUUGAUCGAUCAGAGUCAAUUUGAUCAGCUGCGGAAAUUGGAGCUGUGUUUCAAAAACAAGAAGGAUUCUCUGGUCAAGUCAUCAGAGGAACAAAAAGAAAUAGAAGAUCUUUUUAAAGUGAGGGUUCUUCGGUCCCAAAAUAAAAAGUUCACGGUAUUGAGAUGGAAGCCUUCCGAUCCCAGUGAAGUAGUAUUAAACAUGGACGGGUCGGCCUUAGGACAACCAGGUGAGGCAGGAUUGGGAUUAGUCAUCCGAGGCGAAACUGGCUCAUUUCAAUUUGGAGAGUGUGGAUACAUGGGAAGAAAUACAAGUAUUGAAGCCAAAAUAGUAGCCAUCUAUCAUGGAUUAAAAGCUUGUGAAGAGUGGGGGCUAAAUCGAGUGACAGUUCAAACUGACAACAAAAGUGUUGUGUCAAUGCUACAGAAGGGCAAAGAUUUUCCAUGGAAGCAGUGUAUGUACUUGAAAAGUAUACAACAAAAGAUGCUCAAUAUGAAUUCCAAAAUUGUUCAUAUCUUCAGAGAGGUUAACAUCGUGGCAGAUGAGCUUGCUAGAACAGCAUCAUCAGGGAUUACAAAGCAUUACCACUCAUAG